AUGGCCGGCGAGCGCCGGAAGAGCAUUGUGCAGGGGCCGGGGUCCCAGGGGAUGCGGCCGCUGACCUGUAAGCAUCAAAAGGAACGCCGCCGGGUGCCAGUGUUAAUUAAUCGCUAUCAAAAGGCGGGCCGCCGCUGCGCCCCGUACGUCAUCGUUAUGGCGGUAAUCUGCGACGUCGAUCCACCUGGCUUACCUCGCGACCUCGCCGCGCUGGACGGCUUGUGGCCUGAGGGGGCAGCAGGAGCGCUGCCGCCGCGCCGACGUUGCUCCGUGUCCGCUGCCGUCGCGGCCAGUGCAGUGCGCCUCCGGACGCCAGGCGGCGCGACGCAUCCUGCACAGUGGGGGCGGCGAGGGAGCUGCCGGCACACGAGAUGGAGGAGGCUGGGACGGGCGCCGGCUGGUGGUGGCGGCGCGCGGGCGCUGCGGCUGGUACGCGUGCGCGUCCCGCCGCUGGUUGCUCGCGGCAUGACGGCGCGGCUCGAGUGCCGCUUUGAGCUGCAGCGGGACCGCCUCUACUCGGUCACGUGGUACAAGGACCACGAGGAGUUCUACCGAUACGUGCCGCGCGCGCCCACGCCGCAGCACAGCUACCGGCUCGAAGGCGUCCGAGUAGUCGACGAGCUGUCGGACAGCCAGCAGGUGAUCCUGCGCAGCGUCAGCCUGCGGGCCACCGGCGUCUACCGCUGCGAGGUGUCGGCCGAGGCGCCCUCCUUCACCUCGGUGCAUGGCGAGGGCCACAUGCAGGUCGUCUCGCUGCCGCACGAGGGCCCUGAGAUCUCCGGAGAGGUUGGCGGUGUGUUCCGGCAGGGCGACGUGCUCGCCCUCAACUGCACCUCCGGGCGCUCCUCGCCGCCGGCCAGGAUCCGCUGGUUCGUCAACGACCGCCAGGUUCCGCCGGCGCUGGAGGCGUCUGUGCAGCAGCACGGGCUGACGGCCACCGUGUCCGGGCUGCGCCUCGUCGUGUCCGAGCGCCACUUCUCCGCUGACGGCCGGCUGCGGGUUCGAUGCCAGGCGACGGUCACCGCGGGCGGCGGCCCGGACGCUGAGCCGCUGGUCGAGACACGGGAGGCCCUCGUCGUUGAUACAACUCUCUACUUGUAA